AUGACGCUGUCAGCACAUCUGACGCGCCUGUGCCGCAUCCUCUGGGGUGACUGGCAGACCAACGAGCUGUGGCAGCGCACCGCCAAGGCCACAAUCGGGUGCAUGGUCACGCUCAUCGUGUCCAUCAUCCCCGGUGUGGUUGCCGUGUACGGCGCCAACACGUACCUGAUCCCCUUCGUGGCCGUCUUCUCGAGCCCGGCCCACCGCACGGCCAAGCUGGUGGAGCUUCUGCUGCUGGUCCUCCUGGGGUCGCUGGUGGGCAUCGCGUGGUCCCUGCUGGGGCUGUACCUCUCGACGCUGGCGGUGAGCGCGCACUUGUCGUCCACGAUCCGCGCCCUCUUCUUCCUGGUCGUGGUGCUGGUGCACGGCUUCGUGCGGUCGUCGACCCCGCGACUCUUCGUGUCCGUGUGGCUGCUGCUCGUCUCGUCGGCCACGGUGCUCAUAGGGAGCGCGACCAGGCCGUCCCUGUCCGUCUUCACGAGCAUCUACUACCCCAUCCUCACCGGCGCCGCCAUCGUCCUCUUCGUCAACAUCUCCAUAUUCCCCGAGAUGUCCAGCAGCUACCUCGGCUCCGCCAUCAUCGAGACCCUCGCCGACACGGUGCACACCGUCGAUCGCGCAACGUACUGGUUCGUCACGCCGGGCGGCGACUCGGCCGAGGCGAAGAAGAAGCAGGCCGAGGCUAGGGCCAGGGAUAGGGAGAAGAGCAGCAACAGGAAGAAGACCUGGCUGCGCUCCUUCCUCGCCGACUUCCCUAACCCCUUCAAGAACACGGCCAACAAACGCGCCGCCGAGCUGGCCGCCGCCCGCCCCGCCGCCAACCUGACCACCCUGGCCGGCCUCACCGGCCAAAAGGCCAAGAUGCGUGCCGCUCUUCUCAAGUGCGGUGCCGCCCAGGACGAGGUCAACUUCGAGUACUCCAUCUCCCCCCUCCCCCCUUACCUCCUCAAGCCCGUCAGCAAGCGCUACAUGCAGAGCCUCGUCGAGAACGCCGUCACCAUCAUCGGUGCGUGCGAGAACAAAUACGUCCUGCUCAACGCGGCUCGCGAUGCCGACAAGGGUCCACCCGCCCGGCCCGUGCGCAGCAACAGCCAGGCCACCGCUCCCCUCGGCGCUCUGCAGGUGAUCGCGCACGACGAAAGCGACGAGAACAGGAUAGACAUGGUGAAGCCGCUGCGGGAGAUUGAGUCCGCAGAUGCAGACCUCCUCGAGCCACUGAUCCAGUGCCUGCGCCGUCCGGUCGAGGAGUUCCGCGAGGCCCUGGACGAGGCCGCCUUCCUCGUCAUGACGUGCAUAGCAUACUGCUACGACGCGCCCCAGGUCCCGCUAGGUGCUCAGAAGCCCGCGGGUAUCAUGGUCGAGGAGGUUGACCUGCGCAUAGGCAAAUUCACCGAUGCGCUCGCGCGCUUCGACGAGCGCUCCGCAUCGGAGCUCAAGAUGGCUGCCAUGGGCGAGGCGGGCCAGGGCAUCGACCUGAUGCCCCGCAUGGAGACAUUCCUCCUGUCCUCGUUCCUUCUGGGCUUCCGUCAGGCCGCCACGCAUGUGCUGCACAUGCUCCAUCACUCCAGGCAGCUUGUUGACCAGAGGAGGAAGCGCCACGACCGGUCCAGGUUCUGGCUCCCCCAUUACGCUGAUAUCGGCCUCUGGCUCUCCACGGCCGGCGAGAUGGACCACAGCGUGCUCCCCGAGAAUGCGCGCAAAGAGGUGCGCACCGGGAAGAAGAGCAAGCCGGUAGUAGAGCCUUCCUCCUCCGAGGAGCCCUCGCCCAGCGGCUCGCAGCGUGGGGACGUCCAAGACGAAGGGAACAGUGCCGAAGCCUCGCCACCUGACCGGCGCCGAGUAGCGAUCCGUGAUACCCCAAAGCCUCCUAGACCGCAACCCACGAAAGCCGCGUCAGCUAGACGGAGACGUCCAUGGAUCCCAAGAACGGUGGCCGCGCUGAGAGAGGGCUUGGCCGACGCGCUCGAAUGGGCCCAGCAUUCGGACGACCUCAUGUACGCUGUGAAGCUGGCGAUAGCCGUCAUGGCCGUCAGCUGGCCGUCGUUUGUGCCGUCGUGCAGGACCUGGUACGCCGAUGUGCACGGGAUAUGGGCCCCCCUGCAGCUGGUGCUCGUCUUCGAGGUGUCGAUUGGCACGUCCAUCUUCAUCGUGCUGGUGCGUCUGUUUGGCGUCGUCUUCGGGUGCGUGAUGGGGUACCUGUCAUACGAGAUCAGCGGGGGCAACCGCAUAGGCAUGGCGGCGGCGAUGCUGCUCGGCAUCGUGCCGUCGUCAUACAUCCAGCAGGGCACGCGGUACGUCAAGGCGGGCAUAAUCUCCAUCACGUCCAUGUGCGUGGUGGCGCUGACGGCCAUGAACCAGUCUGGCACGGCUUACGAGAACUUUUACAAGCGCCUCUCAGCCUUCCUCAUCGGCUCCGUGGUCGCCAUCGUCGUCGAGAUGGCCGUCUACCCCGUGCGCGCGCGGGACAGCCUGGUCGAAUCGCUGUCGACGGUGGUACGGCAGGUACAGAACAUGCAGGCGGCCAUGUCGGUCGGCAUCGACGGCCCGCAGAAGCCCGACCUGCAGUCCCCGGCGCUGUACUCCCGCUUCCAGCGCGCGCGCGGCAAGGCCAAGGCGUCACUGACGGCGGCCGAGACCUUCCUCCCGUUCUGCCUCAACGAGCCGCGCCUCAAGGGCAGCUUCAAGCCCCUGGAGCCCGUGUACCGCGAGAUCGUCUACGUGCUGCACCAGAUCAUCGACCGGCUCCAGGACAUCAUGGCCCUGCGCAAGGCGUACGGUUCGUCCCUCCUCGAGGACCUCAACGCCCACGUCUACGCGUACCGUCGCAACGUGUCGGCCGCCAACAUGCUCGUCCUCUUCUCCGUCAACGAGGCCCUGACCACCUGGCUGCCCCUCCCGCAGCUCAUGCCGUCCAUGCGCCUCGCCCAGCAGCGCCUCAUCGACCGCGUCCGCCAGGUCCUCGAGGACAAGGACCUGUCCUCCCAGAUCCGCGGGGAUGACGACGACGGCACCGGUGCUGCCAGCAGCACCUUUGUCACCCGUCUCAGCUUCCUAGCGUGGAACGCCAACGCAGCGGGCUACAUAGAGGUCAUCGAGUACCUGGAGGAGCUCGUCGAGCUGACAAAGCUGCUCGUGGGCGUCAACGCCUUCCGCAGCGGCCUGCUCGAGAAGCCGCGGUACAAGGACUACGUCGACCAGGCCAGGUCAGAUCGCAGGGCAGCGGGAGGUCUACCGGAGCUCACCCAGUCCAAGAGCGCGCCCGCAGAGAUGCCCCCGGAUGUUGACGAUGGCGGCACCUGGCCUGCUCACGUCGUGCCCGCCGCCGCGGACCAAAUCCCCCUAAGGCGCAUGGCCACGACCACGGCUGCAAUGGAAACUCCGCAGUAUACUAGCACUACCACUACUAGGACUGCCACCGCCAGCACGGGCAUCAGCACGGGUACCAACGCCGACGUAAGGAGUCGUCACUCGUCUACAGCCGCUGCCGCUGCUGAGGGAACAACUCCACUUUCGGUACCUCUACAGCAGCAGCAGCACGAGGAGGAGGAGAAUGCCGUAGUAGAUGAUGAAGAGUUUACGGACGACGAACUCCCCAUGAGUCUACGCAGAGUCGGGACCAGACUGCGCAGGGAGAGCACGGCGCUUAGGAAGCGAGGCUACUCUAUCAACAGGAGGAUGACAUGA